AAUUUCUCUGUUAACAUAAAUGUUAAAUUCAUUUUUGAUUUUAUUUUAUUUCAAAUUGUCGGUGACUCGGGUGUGUUUGUGUUUUGUUGUGGCGGAAAGUUUGUAGUUUCUGUUGGAUCCAAAACAAAAUUUAGCAAAAAAAAGCCGGUUGUUCACUUUUGUACGUCACAACACCCAGAGCACAGCUACGCCUUAGCAUACAUCCGCAAACAGUAAAGUAAUAAAAUGGCCAGCAAACGUUUUGCCCUUCUUAGUGUUUCCGACAAAACCGGUCUUGUUGACCUCGGCAAAAGCCUUUCUGCCUUGGGCUUUCAAUUGGUUGCCAGUGGCGGCACUGCUACAGCUUUGCGUAAUGCCGGUCUAGCCGUUAAGGAUGUUUCCGACAUUACCGGGGCUCCUGAAAUGUUGGGUGGUCGCGUCAAAACAUUACACCCUGCUGUGCAUGGUGGAAUUUUGGCCCGUCUCACCCCAUCCGAUCUGGCCGAUAUGCAAAAACAAAAUUUCGAUUACAUCAAUUUGGUGGUCUGCAAUCUGUAUCCUUUUGUCAAUACUGUCUCAAAGCCAGAUGUCACCGUGGCUGAUGCUGUGGAAAACAUUGAUAUCGGUGGUGUGACUUUGCUCAGGGCUGCAGCCAAAAAUCAUGAUCGUGUCACUGUGAUUUGUGAAGCCUCUGAUUAUGCCAAGGUUUUGCAAGAAAUCCAACAGAAUGGUGAUACCACUUUGGAGACCCGCAAAUUGUUGGCCCUCAAAGCCUUUACGCACACAGCCACUUAUGAUGAUGCCAUUUCCGAUUAUUUCCGUAAACAAUACUCAAGUGGCGUGGCUCAAUUGAAUUUGAGAUAUGGCAUGAAUCCCCAUCAAAAACCCGCCCAAAUAUUUACUCAAUUGGAGAAAUUGCCAUUGCGUGUGGUGAAUGCAUCCCCUGGUUUUAUUAAUCUCUGUGAUGCCUUGAACGGUUGGCAAUUGGUUAGAGAAUUGAAAAAGGCUUUGGGUUUGCCGGCAGCGACAAGUUUCAAACAUGUCUCGCCAGCUGGUGCUGCUGUGGGCAAUCCCUUAACCAGGGAACAAGCAAAAUUGUGUAUGGUUGAUGAUUUAUAUGAUUCGUUGACCCCCUUGGCCACAGCUUAUGCUCGGGCAAGAGGUGCAGAUCGCAUGUCAUCAUUUGGUGAUUUUGUUGCAUUGUCCGAUGUCUGUGAUGUUGUAACGGCAAAAAUUAUAUCACGUGAGGUGUCCGAUGGUAUUAUUGCUCCAGGUUAUGAGCCGGCUGCAUUGGAAAUUCUUAAGAAGAAAAAGAAUGGUGCCUACUGCAUUUUGGAGAUGGAUCCCAACUACGAACCCUCGGCUUUGGAACGUAAAACCAUUUUCGGUUUGACACUGGAGCAAAAACGCAAUGAUGCCGUCAUUGAUCCCUCGCUUUUCUCGAAUGUUGUUACCAAACAAAAACAAUUACCCGAAUCCGCUGUACGUGAUUUAAUUGUGGCCACAAUUGCUCUCAAGUUUACCCAAUCGAAUUCGGUGUGUUAUGCUCGUGAUGGCCAAGUUAUUGGCAUUGGUGCUGGGCAACAAUCACGUAUCCAUUGCACCCGUUUGGCUGGUGAGAAGGCUGAUAACUGGUGGCUGAGACAACAUCCUCGUGUUGCCGGUAUGAAAUUCAAGGCUGGCGUUAAGCGUGCUGAAAUCUCAAAUGCCAUUGAUAAUUAUGUUAACGGUACUGUGGGCAAAGAUAUGCCAUUCGCCCAGUUCGAGGCCAUGUAUGAAGAGGUGCCGCAGCAAUUGACCCAAGAGGAAAAACUCGAUUGGCUCAAGCAAUUGAAUGGUGUGGCCUUGGGUUCGGAUGCCUUCUUCCCCUUUCGUGACAAUAUUGAUCGGGCUCGUUUGAGUGGCGUCUCUUAUAUUGCCAGUCCCGCAGGUUCCACCAAUGAUGCGGGCGUUAUUGCCGCCUGUGAUGAACAUGGUAUUAUUAUGGCCCACACUAAUUUGCGUUUGUUCCACCAUUAAUAUAACAAAAGUGCAUUUCAUCUUUUAUUUUAGUUUAUAAGCUAAUUGUUUUUCAUAAAAGACACAAAUAUAUAUGAUUUAUAUUAUAA